AUGCCGAGCAAAGGAGUCCAGGUGUACACGUACAUCGCCGUGGCCGGCUGCUCGAUUGAGCUGUCGGUGCCCAAGCAGACGAUCCAGCGCAACGAGCUGCGGCAGUUCUGGAGCGGCAGCAUGGAGGUAGACGCGCGCAACAUCGACAGCUUCUUCGACAAGAAGGGCCGCUUCACCUUCAAGGUGUGGCAGAACGGCACCCUCGUGACGGAGCAGUGGAUCGACGUGAACGCCAUCACGGGCAACGCGAGCGGCGGCACCAUGGACACCAUCAGCAACACGCCGUCCGUCUUCCACGGCAGCGACGUGGUCGUGUCGUACGGGCUGUACGAGGCGGGCCCCGGCCACGGCGUGCUGCCCAGCCGGCACCAGUGCUACGUGACGGUGGCGCCCAACUACGCGCGCUGGAUCGGCGACGUGGCGCCGGCGGGCUCGCCGCUCGAGCAGAAGCCGCUGAGCCGGCUCGUGCUGCCGUCGGCGCACGACGUCGGCAUGAACAGCAUGCAGAGCAGUGAGCUCGUGCUCAAGCGCGUCGGCGGCGCCAUCGUCACCACCAUGGUCGAGAGCAAGGUGCUGGGCCAGAUCACAGACGCCGUCUCGGGCGGCGCCAUCUCGCUCAUUGCCCCCAACAUCAUCUUCAGCAUUGCCAUGACGCAAAAGGACAGCCUGGACGCCAUGCUGCAGAUCGGCGCCCGCUACUUUGAGUUCCGGCCUGCGCAUUGCCACAAGGCCAUCGUCCCGACGGGCGCCCUGCCCGACCGACUGUACUUCCAGCACAGCGCGAUCCCGGGCAUGGCGUACGAGGAGUUCCUGCGCGGGGUGGUGUCGUUCCUGUUGGCGCACCCGACGGAGAUCGUAGUGGUGCAGCUGCGGUGGGAUGGCGUGCCAAACGACUGCGCACGGCCGUCAGACCAAGAGCAGCGCGAAUACCUGGACGCGGCGCUGGGGCAGGCGCACGGCGAGCUGGCGGUCGGCGGAGAGGACGAUCUGCGGCGGGCGAGCAUCGGGCAGCUGCGGCGGGACAAGAAGCGGCUGAUUGUGGUGGUCGGGGUGGACUCGCUGUCGACGUACACGGACGAGGGCAACGCGACGCUCAACGGCGACAGCAUCGUGGCCGAGUUCCCGCGCGUGCUGUCGGCCGACAAGGCUCGUGGCAAGGCCUUCAUCAAUGUCCAGCUGCAGGCUACGGCCAGCAACAUACCCAAGGCCAUUGUGUACUCGGUGCUCGAGGCCGGGACGACCACGAGCUGCCUGCUGGCUACCAAAGGCGUUUGCGACUCCAAGACGCUGCCGUGGGUCCGGGACAAUGUGCUGCAGACGUGCGGCACCGAGCAGCUGGUCGUGUUAAUGAACGACUUUAUCGACGGCGCCACGGCCGAUGUUGCCGUCCAGCUAAGCAAGCAGAGGCUGGAGAGAUGA